GGCACACACAGAGGGCACUGUUGCUACAACGGGUGACCUACGUCAUCCACCCCAGGAAACGCAUUUGACUUUCAGGUCAUGGACCUGCAUAACGGUGUAGCCAAUGGUAGAAGUGACACAAGACUACACUAUAUAUGUACUCAAGGGGCCGCGUAAGUCUCACCUACAGACCUCUCACACGACCAAUUCUGCAUUCUAGGAUAUCAUCAAUCACAUCAUGUCUCUGUCGGGGUUGUCUGAACGGCUCGGUAACCUCAAACCUUUCUCCAAGGCCAGAAAUAAAGUUGAUGAAGAGGACAAGGGUGAUGAAGUCGACUCCUCCACGGUUGCAGGAGGCGGUCACGCUGCCAGGCAAAGCGACAUCACAAGGAAUCAGCUCACAGUCAGCCACGCGUUGAGAUCAUUUCUCGUCAGCCAGAAUGUCCUUUCCUCGGAGGACGCUGGCGUCGAUACUCCAGAUCAGAUACCUCCAGCUCUAAAAGAACUCAUCGACAAGCCGCACAUCAAUGUCCCAGCAACUGUCAGUGACAGAUCGUAUCCUUUACCAGAGUACUUCAUCAGCUCAAGUCAUAACACAUAUUUGGUAGGUCAGCAGCUCUAUGGUACAUCUUCAACGAAGGGCUAUGAGACAGCACUGAAUGCCGGAGCCCGCUGUGUCGAGAUUGAUGCAUGGGACAAUGAAAAAGACCCAGAAGAGCCAAAAGUCACACAUGGCUAUACUCUGGUAUGCGAAACGAUGCGAGACUUUGUCGACAGAGAGGAAGCACAGGCUGGCAAUGAGCCAGGAACUCGAUCUGGCCCUAUUUUCUUGUCUCUCGAAAAUCACUGUGGUGCCAAAGGCCAGUUGCGUCUGGUGAACAUUAUGGAAGAAGUCUGGGGUGAUCGUCUACUAAGCAAAUGUAUCCGGGAGAAAGGCCACGAAGAGCAGCAAGGGACCGGGGAGCAUGUGACACUUGCAGAGCUCGCUGCCAAAAUCGUUGUCAUCGUGGAGUACCACUAUCCCAACGAGCCCAAGGACAAGGUCGAGCAGGAAGCUGGGCCAAGUGCCGGGGACGAAACGGAAGAGGAUAGAGAGGCGCGGAAAAUCUACGAAGAGAACGAGAAGUCCGCCCCUGCUACUGCCAUCACCCCGGAACUGGCCGAGCUAGGUGUUUAUGCUCAGUCUAUCAAGCCUGCGGACAACUCCUGGUACAGCGAGGUUGGGAUCACAGACCCACACCACCACCUCAUCAACAUAUCCGAGACCGGGCUGCAGGCUCAUUUGCCCGCUGAAAGCGACAAGAUCGCCCGCCACAACGCUCAUAACAUGAUGCGUGUCUACCCGAAAGGCACGAGGAUAAACUCGAACAAUCUCAACCCGGUCCCCUUUUGGGCGGUCGGGGCUCAUAUCUGCGCGCUCAAUUGGCAGACUUUUGCCGCUCCUUUACAGCUGAACGAGGCUCUCUUUGCUGGUUCGGAUGGCUUUGUCUUGAAGCCCGCGGAGCUACGCUCGGGAGGCAGUGGAAAACUGACCAUUGAGAAGAGGAAGAGACUCCGCCUUCAUGCCGCAGGGGCGACAAAUGUGCCGAUUCCUGCGGGUCGCAAACCAGAGGAUAUCAAGCCUUACCUGACGUGCACACUGUUUCAUCCUGAUGAUCAGCAAGAUGGCCCGGCCAAGCACAAGACCGCGCCGUACAAGGAGCAUAAGCUCGGGUUUCUCCAUGCGGGCGAGAACCCUUUGGCCAAAGACCCUGUCUGGGAUGAGACGUUGGAGUGGGAAUUUGACGAGAACGAGUUGAUCUUCCUGCGUAUGCUCAUCAAGAGCGAUGACGCUUUUGCAAAGAAUCCAAAGUUUGCGGUCUCCACGGUGAGGUUAAUGUACGCGACUCCUGGCUGGAGUUUUAUCCGCAUGCUGGAUCUGAAGGGACGGGAGACGACGUGCUCUUUGCUCGUGAAGAUAGAGGUUGACGAGAUUUGA